AUGGGAUCAAAGGAUAAAAAAUCCAAGAAGGACUCAGAGAAAGAGGAGGAACAAGCAGGAGGGGAUGAGGAAGGGAAGAAGAAGAAAGACAAAAAGAAAAAAGGAUCCGUAAACAGUAAUGAAGAUGCCAAGAAGACCAAAGGGAAGAAGAAGAAGGUGGAAAAUUAUGUGGAAAUCUACGAGAGUGAGCUUCGCAAUUAUCAGGCAGAAAUGGUGGAGAACUAUGAAGAUGAGUACCAUAAAAAGAAAGUAUACGAAGUGGUUACCGUCACAGGCGAUGAGAGAGGAGCAGGCACAGAUGCCAACGUGUUUGUCACUCUCUUUGGAGAAUUCGGCAUCACUCCGAAAGUCCAUCUGGCCAGCAAGAGCCGCACAGCAUUUGAGAGGGCCAAAACUGAUGUGUUUAGAAUAAGAACCCACAAUGUUGGUCCCCUGAAGAAGAUUCGGAUUGAGCAUGAUAACACGGGUAUGAAUGCCAGCUGGUUCUUGGACAGGGUGGUGGUGACAGAUGUCAUCAGGCCUCACCUGAGGUACUAUUUUGCUUGUAACAACUGGCUCAGCAAAGUGGAAGGAGACCGCCUUUUUGUCCGUGACUUGUUGGGAACCGCGGACCCCAUGGACAUGCCCAAAUAUAAUAAGUAUAUGGUCAGUGUAUUCACUGCAGAUAUAAAAGGUAGUGGAACAGAUGCUGAUGUUUUCAUCAAUAUCUUUGGAGAGUUUGGAGAUACAGGGGAAAGGCUACUAAACACAGACAAAAACAACUUUGAAAAAGGCUCAGAGGACAAAUUCACAGUUGAAGCGCCUAACUUGGGAAAAAUGAGAAAGGUCACCAUCGGCCAUAAUAACAAGGGCACUUCUGCCGGAUGGUUUGCCGACAAGGUGAUUGUCGAUGAUCUGGGGAACAAACUAGUCUAUGAAUUUCCUAUCAAUCGUUGGUUUGCCAUCGAUGAAGAUGAUGGCAAGAUACAGAGAGACAUUUUGGUGGGAGGAAGCCAACCCACAGGGAUUGUGUACAAUGUCCAGAUUGUAACUGGAAACAUCCGUGGAGCUGGGACCAACUCCAAAAUCCACAUUGUAAUGCACGGCAGCAAAGGCUCCAAGAACAGUGGGAAGGUGUUUCUGGAAGGUGGCAAAUUUGAACGCGGCCUAACCGAUAUCUUCAAUGUGGAAAUUGCCGCGCUUCUCAGCCCCCUCAGCAGGGUGACCAUCGGACAUGAUAACGACGGGGUCAGCGCCGGGUGGUACUGUGAGAAGGUAGUGGUGUACUGUCCAUUCACGGGUAUAGAGCAAACAUUUCCAUGCUCUAAAUGGCUGGAUGAGAAGGAAGGAGAUGGACUGAUUGAGCGAGAACUUUAUGAGAUGGUCUCUCUUAGGCACAGAAAGCAAAAAAAGCAUCCCUGGUCCUUGUGGAUCUGGACGUCGGAUAUAGCCAACGCCGGAAGCGACGCAGAUAUUUAUUUCCAGGUGUAUGGAGUAAAGGGCAAGUCAGAUGAGAUCAAACUAGACAACAAGACUGACAAUUUUGAGAGAGGGCAAGUGGACAGAUUCAUGGUAGAGCUGCCGGAUUUGGGGUGUUUGACCAAACUCCGAAUCUGGCAUCAGAAGAGAAAUCCUUUUGCAGGAUGGCAUCUGAGUAAGGCGACUCUGAUGAAAACAUUAACAAAGGAAAAAUAUAAUUUUCCAUGUGAGCGUUGGCUAGACACUAAUGAAGAUGAUAAUGAGGUUGUGAGGGAACUUCCAGCCACUGGGAGGCUAAUUACUGACCCACUGCCUUUAAUUAAGUACAGAGUGACCGUUUGCACCGGGAACAUUGGAGGUAGUGGUACGGACGCGUCGGUUUUUCUCAAUAUGAUCGGUGAGCGUGGUGACACGGGAGAUCGAACGCUGGUCAACUGCAAAAAUAACAUCAACAAGUUUGAGAAGGGAAAUCUGGAUGAAUUCAUUAUCGAGGCUGUCGCCAUCGGGCAGAUUCGCAGAGUAAGGAUUGGACAUGAUGGCAAAGGUGGCGGCUGCGGCUGGUUUCUUGAAAAAGUCAUUGUGAGAGAAGAAGGACAGGCUGAGGCACAAGCUAUUGAGUUCCCCUGCAACAGGUGGCUAGAUCGCAACGAAGAUGAUGGCCAAAUUGUUCGAGAGUUAGUCCCAUUCUCAGAUGGACAGCGUCUUUACAAUGCUGGAUAUCACAUUGCAGUGAAGACAGGCAACAUCCCCGGAGGCAGCUCAGACUCCACGGUCUAUGUUAAACUGUAUGGGGACAAAGGCGACACCAGUAAAAUGAUGCUGGUGGUCUCUGACAACAAUCUGAGCAACUACUUUGAGACAGGUCGCAUUGACAUCUUCACAGUGGAAACAUCUGAUAUUGGACAGAUCAACCGCCUGAUGAUCGGCCACAACAACGAAGGCAUGCGGGCCGGGUGGUUCUUGGACAGCGUUCAAAUCCUUGCGCCUUUGAGUGGAACGCAUUACAUGUUUCCAUGCCAUCGCUGGCUGUCCAAGGGAGAAGCUGAUGGCAAGACGGAGGUGGAGAUUUACCCCAGCGAGAUCCUAGACACGCAUCAAUUGAUCAACUACGAAUUAACAAUAGUAACUGGAGAUGAGAUGUUUGCCGGCACCAAUGCCAAAGUGUUCAUCCAGAUCUACGGCGACAAAGGGAAAACAGAGGUCAUCAAGCUAGAUAGCCGUUCUAACAACUUUGAGAGAAGAUCAACAGACAUAUUCAAGGUCGAGGCCAAAGACGUGGGUAAGUUGUUCAAGAUCCGCAUCGGCCACGACGGCUCGGGCAUUGGAUCCGGCUGGUACCUGGACAAUGUGGAGGUCAAACACAUCACAAUGACUCUGGAUGAAGAGGAUGAAGAAGAGGAAGGAGCGGAGGAGAUGCAGGAAGUGGUGGUGACGUAUUGCUUCCCCUGCUCGCGGUGGUUGGCAAGCGGGGAAGAGGAUGGCGAGCUGCAGGUGGAGCUUCUGCCUGACGGAGCCGAAGAACUGGAAGUCAACACCUAUGAAGUGUGCGUCUUUACGGGUGACGUGCUGGGAGCCGGGAGCGAUGCCGACGUCUUCAUUAAUAUUUACGGCGACAAUGGAGACACUGGAGAGCGUUAUCUCAAGAACUCAGACAACCUCAACAAAUUUGAACGAGGCGAGGAGGAUGUGUUCAUUGUGACAGCUAUUGAUUUGGGUCCCCUGAAGAAGCUUCGGAUACGUCACAACAAUGCUCGACCGUAUUCAUCGUGGUAUCUGGAUCGUGUGGAAAUAGUGGACACAAAAGAUGAUACGACGUACUACUUCCCAUGUAACCGCUGGCUGGCCGUGGAUGAGGAUGAUGGCCAGAUAGCAAGAGAGCUGGUUCCUGUAGAUGAAGCCUUCAUGAAGAAGGAUGAGGAUGAAGAGGGAGGUGGAGCCACUCUGGGGCUAGAGCAGAAAGCCAUGUCUACUACGUAUACCAUCAAAAUAAAAACUGGAGAAAAGAAGUAUGCGGGAACUGACGCUAACAUCUUCGCUAUAUUAUUUGGAGAAAAUGACGACACAGGUAUCAUCAAUCUGAAAGCCUGUAAGAACUACAAGAACAAGUUUGAACAGGGCGCGAUCAAUGAGUUCAUCGUAGAGGCUGUGGAUUUGGGUGAGCUGGAAAAGCUUCGAAUUGGUCAUGACAAUUCAGGGGGAUCACCCGGUUGGUUUUUGGACUGGGUGGAGAUUGACGCUCCCUCGCAGGGUCUCAGGCUCCGCUUCCCAUGCGGCCGUUGGUUAGACAAGGGAGAAGACGACGGCAACAUCAUCAGGGAUCUUUAUCCUGCCGAGUUACAGACUGAGCUGUACACACCAUUCGUGCCUUACGAACUGAAGAUUUUCACCAGCGAUGUGUUUGGUGCUGGGACGGAUGCAGAUGUGUUCAUCGUUUUGUAUGGCCAGAAAGGCGUGUGCACACAGCAGAAGCAUCUAUGUGUCAACAAGAGAGAGAGGAGACUGUACUUUGAGAGGGGAGCUGAGGACAUGUUCAUAGUGGAGUUGGAAGAUGUCGGCGAUAUCAUCGAGAAGAUCCGAGUGGGACACGACAACAGGGGCUCCAAUCCUGGAUGGCACCUAGACAGAGUGGAGAUCAGACGCCUGUUGAGGAAAGGAAAGGGGUCCGAGACGACCAUUUUCCCGUGCGAACGCUGGUUGGCUAAAUCGGAAGAUGACGGGGAGACAGUGAGGGAGCUGGUCCCGUCAGACAUCAUUACAGAAAAACUCCUAAGGGGAGGCACUCUCAAACGGACUGAAACCGAAGUGGAGGAUGCUUUGGAAACACACACUUACCAGGUGUCCGUGCGUACUGGUGACAUGUACAAAGCAGGAACGGAUGCCAAUGUAUUCCUAACCAUCUACGGAGACCUUGGAGACACUGGAGAGCGAAAACUCUCCAGAUCUGACACCAACAGAAACAAGUUUGAGAGAGGAGAGGUGGACAAAUUUACCAUUGAAGCUGUGGAUCUUGGCCAAGUGUUUAAGAUCCGAAUUCGUCACGAUAACUCUAAUAUAGGAGCUGACUGGUAUCUGGACCAGGUGGAGGUGUUGGAUUUGGACACAGAGGAGGUUUACAUGUUCCUGUGUGAACGCUGGCUGUCAAAGAAAAAGGAGGACAAACGCUUAGAGAGGACCUUCUUUGUCAAGGGUUACGAAGGCGAAAGAAAUACCGAUCCCAAUUCCAAGAAAAUUGCUCAAGCCAAACUGGGGCUGGAUCGGAAUGCAAAUAAGAAAAAGAAGAAGAAGAAAAUGGCACUUGUGGAAGAAGGGCCAAUCAUCCCCUAUCAUUUCACUCUGUCCACUGGGAUGGAGCGCGAUGCCAGCACCACGGCCAGAGUCUACGUCAUCAUAAUUGGUCCUGGAGACCAGGAGACGGACCGGCUCUGGCUGGAUCUGCCGGAAGGAAAGAAAUGUUUUGCGGCUGGCAGCAUGCAACAUUUUGUGUGCUAUGGAACUGACGUGGGAGAGAUCAAAAGGGUGGAACUAGGACACAAUGGCGCCACACCAGAAAGCUGCUGGUUGGUGGACGAACUGGCCAUCAGCGUGCCCACCAAAGGCAUCAAGUACAGUUUCCUGUGCAAGUGCUGGCUGGCCAAAGACCGGGGGGACGGUCUUACGGUUCGACUGUUCAAUGUGCUGGACGCCAGCACCAUCAGUAUCAACCGCAAAGUGAUUUAUUCCACCACAGUUGUCACUGGUGACACCCAGUACGCUGGCAGCGACACUAACAUUUUCCUGACUGUGUAUGGAGCCAAUGGGAGCACAGAGGAAAUGCUCCUGCCUAAGAAUGGGGACAGGUUUGAGCGAGACCAAGAGGACACAUUCAACCUAGAGGUCGACGACAUCGCACCCCUGAAGAAGAUACGACUGAGGAUUGAUGGCAGCGGGAGUCGUCCCGAUUGGUUUCUGGACAGGAUCCUAAUGCGCAACCUGACCACUGAGGAGGUUUACACAUUCACAUAUGAGAACUGGCUGUCAAAAAGCAAAGGGCCCAGGAGGACUCUAGAAUGCGAGCUGGCAGCCGUGGUAGACGAGGAGGAGAUGGUGGAAAAAACCACCUAUGUCAUUCAGGUCCAGACCAGUGAUGUCACAGGCGCUGGUACAGAUGCCAACGUGUGCCUGAUUGUGUUUGGGGAGUUCGGCGACACAGGGACACUGAAGCUGAAGGAGAGCGCCAACAGGAACAAGUUUGAACGUAAAAUGAGAGAUGUGUUCCGCUUUCCUGACGUUCUCAGUCUGGGCGAGCUCUCCAAAGUGCGAGUGUGGCAUGACAACAAAGGUGCGGCUCCGGGCUGGCACCUGGACUACAUCGAUGUCAAAGAUGAGAGCAUGGAUCAAACAUUCAGGUUCCCUUGUGACCGCUGGUUGGCCAAAAAUGAAGACGAUGGUCAGAUCAUCAGGGAGCUGGCUUGUGCCAACAAUGAUGCUGUGGAUCUCAGCGACAAAACAAAAUAUGAAAUUGCCAUAACCACCGCAAACACAGAGGGCGCAUCCACCAGUGAAAACGUUUGGAUUGUUCUGGAAGGAAGAAAAGCCCGCUCCAAGGAGUUUGUUCUGGAGAAUAAAAAAAAUAAGUUCUCAUGCGGCGCCACUAGCACGUUUGAGUUCUCAUCCAAGCAUGUGGGUGAGAUCGCAGGCAUCUGCAUUGGACACAUCACUAAAGAUGGAAAGAAAGUGAAGAGUGAAUCCUACUGGCAUGUGGCGGAGGUGGUAGUGACUGAAAAAGAGCUGGGAAACAAGUAUUUCUUCCAGUGCGAUGCACUUGUGCCCUUGGCGUCCAAAAAGGAUCAGUUCCAAAACUUUGAGUGCUACAAAUCUGUGGAGAGUUUUGCCAGCAAGGUCCGUAGUCUGGUGCCUGUCAAGUACGAGAUCAUCGUGAUCACAGGCGACGUGAAGGAUGCCGGCACAGACGCCAACGUCCACAUCACAGUCUACGGUAUCAACGGCGACUCGGGCCGACGCCACCUGCGCAAGAAAUUCCGCAACCUGUUUGAGCGAGGCCGUACGGACCGCUUUGUGGUGGAGAUGUUGGACUUGGGUGAGCUGCUCAGGGUCAAGGUAGAGCACGACAACAGUGGCAUCAACAACGGCUGGUUUCUGGAGUGCAUGGAGGUGACCAACACGGCCAACUCAGUCACGACUAUCUUUCAGUGUGCCAAGUGGCUGGACAAGGACAAGGCUGACGGAUGCACUGAGAGGGUCCUCUACCCCAAGUACUAG